CCAGCAGCGGCUCCGCUCUGUGUCUAUUCCCGGAGAGAGACCGCCUCCAUUUUAACACCCACACCCGGCGGAGCAGCAGCGGCUCUCAGAGGACUCAGCGGCCGGCGGAGGGACACGCUCCUGCGGCGGCGGCGGCUCUAAUUCUUCGGGCGUGAAUCAGCCCUUUUUGUUGUUUCUGGGAUGGCGGCGCUGCGGCAGGACGCGGCGCUGGAUUUGUGAGGAUUUAACGGGGCCGUUAUCUGCGGGGAAAUUUCUUGAUUCACCGGCUUCAGAGGAGGAGGAUCGGCUUCGGAGAGUCAGGCGGGCAGGUGCCGUCGGUUCAGGCCGGACUGCAGGUGCAGCAGGGCCGCUGCUCCAUCCGGGAGACAAACAGAGUCCCGGUUUGAGUCUUGACAGCAGCUGAAAUCCACCUUCACCUGUCUGAGAGUCCAGGUUCUCCGUGAGGAUGCGGCAGUGAGCGUGCUGCUCACGAGCGCUGAUCGUUACCAUGGCGAUAUUCGGCAACAGCCAGGCAUGCGCCGGUCAAGACAACUGCUCUAACCACGGCGAGCGGGACUACUGCUACUCGGCUCGCAUCCGCAGCACGGUGCUGCAGGGGCUGCCGUUCGGAGGCGUGCCCACCGUGCUCGCCCUCGACUUCAUGUGCUUCCUGGUGCUGCUUUUCGUCUUUUCCAUCCUGAGGAAGGUUGCGUGGGACUAUGGCCGCCUGGCGCUGGUCACCGACGCCGACAGACUGAAGAAGCGUUUCAGCGACCUGGAGGAGCGGGAAUACGUGGCCUCUGCGAUGCACUCGGAGACGCCUGACCGCUACGAACGGCUCACGUCUGUCUCCAGCUCCGUCGACUUUGACCAGAGAGACAACGGCUUCUGCUCGUGGCUGACGGCCAUCUUCAGAAUAAAGGAUGAAGAGAUCAGGGAGAAGUGCGGCGAGGACGCCGUUCACUAUCUGUCCUUCCAGCGUCACAUCAUCGGCCUGCUGGUCGUCGUCGGCGUUCUCUCGGUCGGCAUCGUCCUGCCCGUCAACUUCUCCGGAGACCUGCUGGAAAACAACGCCUACAGCUUCGGACGCACCACGAUAGCGAACCUGAAGUCUCAGAACAACCUGCUGUGGCUGCACACCUCAUUCGCCUUUAUGUAUCUGCUGCUGACCGUCUACAGCAUGAGGAGACACACCUCCAAGAUGCACUACAAGGAGGACGACCUGGUGAAACGUACUUUAUUCAUUAAUGGCAUCUCUAAAUACGCAGAGGAGAGUCAGAUCAAACAGCACUUUGAGCAGGCGUACGAGAACUGCACGGUGCUGGAGGCUCGGAUCUGCUACAACGUGGCCAAGCUGAUGUCUCUGAACGCCGAGAGGAAGAAGACGGAGCGCAGCAAGAAGUUCUUCACCGACCUAAUGGCGAAGGAACACGUUCCCACCAUGAUCAACCCCAAACCCUGCGGACACCUGUGCUGCUGCGCCAUCGCCGGCUGCGAGGAGGAGGAGGCGGUCAGCUACUACACCAAGAGGGAGGCCAAGCUGAAGGAGGAGUACAGGAAGGAGAAGGAGAAGGUCCACACCAAACCACUGGGCAUGGCCUUCGUCACCUUCCAGAACGAGGCCAUGACUGCCAUCAUCUUGAAGGACUUCAACGCCUGUCAGGUUCAGGGUUGUCGGUGUCAUCAGGAGCCACAGUCCUCUCAGUUCAGCGAGGCUCUUCACGUUUACAACUGGAGCGUUUCGUACGCGCCCGACCCGCAGAACGUCCGCUGGGAACACCUGUCGCUGGGUGGGAUCUCCUGGUGGAUCCGCUGCUUCAUCAUCAACUGCAUCCUCUUCCUCCUGCUCUUCUUCCUCACCACGCCCGCCAUCAUCAUCUCCACCAUGGACAAGUUCAACGUCACCAAGCCUGUCGAGUAUCUCAACAAUCCCAUCGUCACUCAGUUCUUCCCCACGCUGCUGCUUUGGGCUUUCUCUGCUCUGCUGCCCACCAUCGUCUACUACUCUGCCUUCUUCGAGGCUCACUGGACCAGGUCUGGAGAAAACAGGACAACGAUGCAUAAAUGUUACACCUUCCUGAUCUUCAUGGUUCUGCUGCUGCCGUCUCUCGGACUCAGCAGUCUGGAUGUUUUCUUCCGCUGGCUCUUCGAUAAGAAGUUCCUGGCUGAUGCCACAGUCCGAUUUGAGUGCGUCUUCCUGCCGGAUAACGGAGCGUUCUUCGUCAACUAUGUCAUCGCCUCGGCGUUCAUCGGGAAUGCCAUGGACCUGCUGAGGAUCCCCGGUCUGCUCAUGUACAUGAUCCGGCUGUGCCUGGCUCGCUCCGCCGCCGACCGCCGCAACGUCAAGAGGCACCAGGCCUAUGAGUUUCAGUUCGGAGCGGCGUACGCCUGGAUGAUGAACGUCUUCACGGUGGUGAUGGCCUACAGUAUCACCUGCCCCAUCAUCGUCCCCUUCGGUCUGAUGUACAUGCUGCUGAAACACCUGGUGGACAGAUACAACAUGUACUACGCCUACCUGCCCUCCAAACUGGACAAGAAGAUCCAUUCCGGGGCCGUCACCCAGGUUGUGGCCGCACCCAUCCUCUGCCUCUUCUGGUUGCUCUUCUUCUCCACUGUACGCACAGGUUUCGAGACCGCGACGUCCAUGUUCACCUUGGUGGUGCUGAUCAUCACCAUCGUGGUCUGUCUGUCCCACGUCUGCUUCGGACACUUUAAGUACCUCAGCGCUCACAACUACAAGAUCGACACCAAGGAGAACGAUGUGGACGCCGUCGAGAAUGGACGUCCAGCUCGUCCCUCGUCCUCCCCCACCACCAAAUCUCAGCGGCGGCAGCAGCAGCAGCAGCAGCAGCAGCAACAGCAGCAGCAGCAGCAGCAGAUGUACAUUGCCCAGGUGCUCCAGGACCCAAACUCAGACGAGCCGGGCGGUGGCAGCGGCGAGGAGGACCGAGGGUCGUCCCAGGACGAGGAGAUGCUGAACGGAGGGAGCAGCAUCAAUGAGGCGGAUUUUCAGUCAGGGGAGGACAGUCUGAUCGCCAACGAGGUCCGCCAGUAGCUGGCGGUGGACCUAGUGGGAGGGGGCGGAGCUUGUUGAGGGUCCAUAUCCACACAACAGAUGGAAAAUAAAGCUGACUGUAGAAUCACUACACACACAAACACACAUACACAUAGACUUACACGGUUAGCUCCACCCUCUCCCUACAAGAAGACUUGACCCUGACCUUUGACGCCGGCGCCGGCUCGCCAACAUCCAGUCCUGCACGUCUGUGGAAACUUGAUGGACAUCAAACUGUCUCCACACUUAUGUACAGUCACUGUACAUAACCUCAAAGCCAAAAGUUUCUCUUUUUUGUUUUGUAUUUUUCUCGAGGUGUGGGACGGGGUUUUCGUGCCUGGGCUGGAUUUUGUUCGUUCGCACUCGUGUCUUGACUCCUGAUCCCACCGCGGGUCGCCGGGACUCGACCUGUCGAGGGGUCAACGCUGAUGCUGACGCUGUCUUUUUCCUUGGCCUGGCGGACGCCUCCAAUAAAACGCCCGCUGCCGCUUACCUCCAAGAUCGGAGUGCUAAAUAAGUCGCCAACCGCCAGCUCUCGUAGUGGUAGAAGCCUUGCUUAUGCAGACGCAUCUCAGUCUCCCUUCCUUGUUCGCCGUUUUCAUCUUUCUUUUUGUGGAACCUGUGGAUCCUGGAUUUUGCCGGUAUGUUCAACACAUCACCUAGAAGUAUUUGUUUUUUCUGACCUGCCAAGCUUUCGCUGCAUGUCGUUAAAAGUGCUGUCUGGUUUAAUGACAUCGCCGCCUUCAGACGAUGUCCUCCAUCGCAGUCUGUUGUGGCCAAUGAACUCGCUAGGUUUCCACCCCGAGGAGGCUUUCUUUUCUGGUUUUGAUUUCACCCGAACUACCUUAAAUCAUGAACACCUGACAAAGGGAACGGGGAUGUUUGUGUCUGCGUAGGUUUAGCAAUCAAAACUCUUUUCAUCCUUGGGGAGAACUUUGUGAAGAUGAGUCGAGUAGUUUGAGCUCGGGUAGACGCGGGUAAGAGCAGCGCUUUUCGUCCGGACGGUCUACCCUCAACGCCCGAAGCUGUCAGGACUCUCAAGGGAAAAUGUUUUUUGUUUGUGUGUUUCUGAAGUGUGCACUUGUCUGUCUGUGUGUGUGUGUGUCCGGUAGCUUAUUGUACACAAACCUGCACCAUGAAAGGUUCAACAUCACCACCAGGUGACCAAAAACAUCUGGUUAACAAGUUCCAGUGCUUCUAAAACCGGUUGUUAGUCUACUGUAGAAGUAGUUCAACAAAAUGUUUUCCUUCACUUUGGUCCGAAAAUGUCCGUGUUUAGAAGGAAAACUUAUCGUGUUUGACUUUCACAUCUACAGAUGUCAACAAAGUCCAUUUUUUACUGCGUUAUUGCUGCAGUUCAAGCCUAAAUGGUCCAACUAUAUUUAGUCCAGCUGAAAUCCCUUUUGUUAAGUUACAUGUUCCAGAUUGGACAUCAGUUUCAUCUGUGUCCAGUACACAGACAGGGCACGUUUAGCCUAGCUUAGCACAAAGACUGAAAGCAGGGGGAAACUGUUAGCCUAGCUACACCAAAUGAGGAAAUUAAAUCUACCUUCAUACAGCUUGAUGUCUGUCUGAUUUACAUGUUGUAUCUUCUUGUUAGCGUUUAUCUUCGUCUCUAAAGCUAACAAUUAGUGAUGUUAGAAAUUAGUUUAGGAUAAGCUUCUAGGUCUUGAUUGGGUUCAUUCCAAGUGUCUGAUUUACGUGUUGGAUUUAGUUAGUUAACCAGCUAGUUACCUGUUCAUCCUGUAGUCUGGGUGUGGUUGACUAGAGCCAGGGGCCAAGAAGCUAAUAUUUCAUGGCUUAAUAUCAAACUAUCCAAUACUUGUGAUUUAACGUGCUUCUCAAAGACAAAAAGAAAAUUGUCCCACAUAAAGAAUCUAGCACAAGAUGAAAAAGAAAACGACCUCUUCCAACAACUUCAAGUCUGUCUGAUUUACUUGUUGUAUCUUCUUACUAGCUUCUGUCCUUGUCUCUAAGGCUAACAGUAAAGUUUGAGAUUUAAAAUCUAGAUUUUGACCCCUAGCGCUAACCAACAAAACCAACCUGACUCUUGGAUGGAUUGUUGACGAACUCCUUAGCCAACUACAGUGCAUUUGAAAUCAACCUUUGAUGAUGCUUGGCUAGGCUAGCAGUUUUCCUCUGCUUCUAGUCUUGUCUUUGUGCUAAGCUAGGCUAAACACAUCCUAGACCUAUCUGUCAACAAACAGAUAAAGAUAUGUGAUGUAUUUGUCCUGGAUUCAAAUUGAACAACACACUGAGAUAUCAUGUAGCCACACCUCGAGGGUAAUGGGGUUUUUUAAAGAAAAUUAACUUUGGUUGCUUUUACUCAAAGUUCAUACUAAAAACGAGGCUUCAGCUGCAGCUCUGAUGGACAGUAUUUUUCAAGAUGGAGGGAGGUUCGGUCGUCACUUUCCUAUGAUCCUUGUGGUUUCUGAUGAUGUGCGCUUAGUCGGGGCCUGUUUCCUCUGAUUGAAGGGAUUUUGGAGGGAAAUUGGUGGCAACUUCCGUCUUCACUUUAAACGAUCUACCACUACUUUCUCACACCAUAACACCUCGUCGUAUUUACUUCUGAUCUCUCGUUUCAAUUAAUUUCUAUGACAAUCAAGUUUACGUGUCCCCAUAUGUAAUUUUCAAUGGACACCUGCCAUCCAAUUACAAACUGGUGUUUUGUCCAUGGUGUCUGAAACGUUAGUUAGUUAGUUAGCUAAUUAAGCUAACGUUCGCUCCAUCAGUUGGUUGAAAAAUCUGUUUCUAGCCGCCUAAUUUAAAAACCAGAACUCUGUCAAAGAGUCUUAAAUAUGUAUCAAAAAUAAUCAUGCUAACAUAAUGAAGCUGAAGCUAACAGGUCCAAGGUCAUGAUAGCAUGCUAAUAUGCCCUGGUGCAUGAUAGCAUGCUAACAGACUGAGGCUAAAGCUAACAGGUCCCUGGUCAUGAUAGCAUGCUAAUAUGCCCUGGUGCAUGAUAGCAUGCUAACAGACUGAGGCUAAAGCUAACAGGUCCCUGGUCAUGAUAGCAUGCUAACAGACUGAGGCUAAAGCUAACAGGUCCCUGGUCAUGAUAGCAGAGACUGACUGAGGCUAGUGGCACACUAGUGGUCAGCUCGUCAGAUUUGGACCGUUCUUUUUUUAAAUCUGUCUAUUUUGAGUUUCCUAAACUUUAUGGGAAGGACAUACUGAAUAUCUGGGUGCCCUUAAGCCCCAGUCCACUUACGAGUUGUAGUUAAGUUGUCGAACAACUGUUGCCAUUUUUAGAUGCGCUGAAUAUAAUUUGGCGUCGCCAGGGAUAAUUCUGCUCUGAUCUGCCCCCUAGUGGACAAACACUGCACUUGCUUUGCAGCUGCUCGUCUUACGCAUGUGUGUUGUUUAAACGUAAGCGUCAUAGGCGUGAUAGAGGACCGGCCCACGACCGCCGUAGUUAUCGGUUGGCCGCCCGGCUGGCAGCAUCAUCAUCAUCAUCAUCAGGAAGCGAGGGAGAGGGGGGGGCACUUUCAAAUAAUAAAACGUUUUCAGUGCAGCGGCGUGACGACGAAACAGUCUCAGGAGUUGUUUGUUUUCCUAAAAUGUUUACAUCAGUUUUUGUUUCUCGUUUUCAUUUUUGGUGUGUGCGUGUGUGCGUGUGUUGCAGACACAGUGCUGGACUAUGAAAGCUGUAGCCACCAGGACGCCGUUUUUCGCCAGCGGCGUUCGGAGGCUGCACGCCGGAGAACCUGCAGCGUAUGUGUCCAGGUGUUUUUUGACUCUUAAGUUUCCUCUACACCUCCAGCCGGGCGUCGACUUUCCGGCGCUCCAGCUGUGAUUGUAUGCACACGAAGGAGAGCGAUCUAGACCUGAUGUCCAAGUCUGAGACCAGGAGGUUCAGCUCAGCAGCAGCUCUCAACCCGACAGUCUGGGAAACCCCUCAGCCGUUCUUUCUUUAGAUCUGUUCAAUCACAAAACAAAAUGAUGCUCACGUUUCAUUUGAACCUGAAAUAAAGACUACAGAAACAACCCGCUGAUGAAACCUGGGCGGUAAAACCCUGGUCCAGGUCUUAGAUUUUUUUUUAGCUUAUAACUGGUGUUAAAACUAAAUGUGAGCCACAUUUGUAGUAAAGAAAAUAACUUUUUGCUCGUUGGUCUCGAGGAUAUCGAGAUGUUUCUGGUUGGAGAGGACUCGGGUAUAAAUUGAUGACGUAAUGGAACCUGUUCGUGAUCUUAAUCCAAGAUUCCCCAUCUGUUGUCUACAGUAACCGCAGGACGCCGUUAGCAGCAGCUAACCAAACGUUCAUCGUGUCGUUCGAAGGAACAUAUUUAAGAGUCGUGUUUUUUUUACAGCUAACAUCUGAGCCGCACUUUCUAUUUUUCACAGAUGUAGCUCGUUAGCUGGCGAGCUACGUAGGAAACGUCCCGUUUUCAACCAGAGCGCAGCUUCAGCUUCAUGAUGAAGAGCUUCUGAGCUGCUGCCGGGCAGAGUAUUCAGCAAACUGCUGUUUCUUGAAACUUUAAAACUCUACAGGAUGAGUCAUCGAUUCCCCCGAAACCCUUUAAAGGCAUCCCAGAAAGUCUUUUUAGUUUGUAGUUAACGUGAGCGCUCAGCGCUGCAGAGCAGGUUGCGUUCAACAGCAAGCUCAGCAUCAGACGGGGUCAAAGGUCUUGUUCUGGUCUGAGGGUCGAGAGCUGCUGCGUUCGCUGACGUCUGAAGACGCUCGUUAAAACAAAAGAGUGAUAUUUUUGUAACCUGCCGACUGAAGUAUUUGAUACCGAACGCGUAUUAAAGAAACUGCUGUGACGAAGCUGUUGUAACAUGUAACUAAAGGUUUUUAAUAAUCAGCCGCUGCUUUUUUGCUUUUCUUAGGUUUUUAAAUUGUUGCUGUUGAAGUUGUUAAAAAAAAAAAGACAAAUGUAAAGACGGACGAGUGAAGUGAAACGUGCUGAAAAUGAAAAAGCUGUGUAAAAUAAAAUGUGUGUAAAUAGCCAUCGAACUGCACUGUCGUCCUCCGAGACGAACGACGACUCCAGGCUAACAGUCUACUGGUCCAUCUCAUGCGUUUAAUUUAUUGCUGUGACACUAUUUAUUUUGACUUUGGUUUCCAGGUUGUAUGUACAGUGAAACAUUUGUCCUAUUUAUGUUACUUGAUCAAUAAAAUUGGCUUUCAUCUGUU